CGUGCGCUGGAAGGAGCAUGUGCGGUUGACGGGCGAGGUGAGAAGGACUCGUCUCCAGGGGCAACGGCCAGCGUGAAGGAGCGGGCAAAGCCGGCAAAAACUGUACGACCAGAACUACUGAGGAGGCCUGUGCCUUUACAUCGAAUGGAUCCAGAUCUCAAGGCACUUUUUACACAACCAGAGAAGGUUUGUGAAAGAUAUUUAAAAGAAUUUGUACAGAUUAUGGAUUUCCAGGAGAAACACAGAAGACAUUUAUGUGCAAAUGAGGUAGAAGAGCAUGCAAAAUUGAAAGCAUAUGUGCAGCAUAUCACCCAGAGAAAAGAACAAUUUCAAUGUGAAAUUAUGGAAUUGAAGAACUACAUUGCAAAACUAGAAAGUUCUUUGCAUCAAAGACAACAAACAUCACGAUUGGCUACCCCAUCUUCCAUAAGGGAAUGUGUUUCAACACCUUCAAUGAAGUCAGUGAUGUACUCUUCAGUCCCACAAUCAAGACCAGCCACAACUGAAAUGUCACAGAAAAUGGAGAUUGAUGCAAGACCGAGUCCAUCUGGAAAGAUACAAUCUGAUGCAUCAAUAGGUCCAGCCAGACUAUCAUUAAUAAGCCCACCCCGAGAUGGCCGGAUGGGUACUGUGCCUUACAGAGGAAUGAAUAAAGUAGGAGCUUUUAGGACCUCAGGCCUCUCAACACCAGUGCAACAAAUUGGGCUUUCAGGCUCCUUGUCAUCUACUGCUCUGGAUUAUGGGGAAGGAGGAUCUCGGGACAGUUCAAGCUAUAGAAAUAUACAAUCCUAUCUUCCAACACAGUCUUCAUCACAGCCAUCUAUCUCAAGGCCUCUCAUAACCAUGUCAAAUCUUCUCAUGAGGCCAUAAAUUACUUGGAUAGCAAAACCUCAGACAGAAAUUUGAAGAUCUGAUCAAUAAACUGCAGGAAAAAUACGAUGUCAAUCCACAGACCUGGACGUCAAUGUAGCUGUACUGCAGCUCAUUAAAUGGUUAUGUUUUAUUAUUAUCAAAUUCAAGGUGUAGUGUGUACAGUUCUUUAAAAUAUUUUUAUGAAACAAAUGUAAUAAAUUCUGUACUUUUUUCACUUUUGCUUUAACUUGUAGCUCAAUGUUAGAUUUCUCAUUUUACAGAGAUUGUAUCUUUACACAAAUAAAUGUGAAUCCCAGCUAACUGAACUGCGAGUUUGCUAACCAUUUAAUCUGCCAAGUUUCUCCUUUCAUCUCUUCUGAAAAGCAAGUUGUAUUAUCGUAGUGACUUUGACUUUAGUAAAGUAGCUUAAUGUGUAUCAGAGGGGAGUUAUGAAACAAAGUAUCAUACCAAAUCACAUAAGGAGAAGCUAGGGCAGAUGACCAAAAGUUUGAGUUUGGUUGAAGUGGUAGUGUUUAAGGAAUGUCUUAAAGUUGGAAUGUGAGAUGUGGAUGCAAAAGGGUUUACGAUGGGAAUUGCAGCACUUAGCAUCCAGGCCUCUCAAAGUGUAACUGCCUAUGAUGGAGCAAUUAAAAUUGGGGGAAUGUUCAGACAGGCAGAAUUAGAGGAGUGCAGAUUUGUCAAAGGGUUGUCAAACUACAUGAAAUAACUAAUAGGAAAGCUUAAGCCCACAUAGAGAUUUGAAAACAAGGAUGAAAAUUUGAAUUCAUGGCAUUAUUUAACUUCGAAACAAUUUAGGUCAGCGACAGUUGGGACUGAAAAGGACUCAGUGUCAUUUCGGAUAUAGGCAGUAGAAUUUAACUAGGGUGAAAAGUAGGAAGACAGCCAGGAGUAUGUGGAAAUAGUAAAGACAGAUAGCAAAGGCAUGAAUGAAGGUUCAGCAGUAGACUGUUGAGGCAAGGAUAGAACUGCGUGAUGCUACAGAGAUUAAAAUUGGUAAUCUUUGAAUUAGCCUUGGUUAUAUGCUUGAAGGCAUCAAACCCUUGCUGAUGUACAUGUUAGAGUACAACAUUCACCCCAUAGUACUUCAUUCAAGUUCCCAUUCAUUCAUAUUUGAGCCUCCAUUUACAAAUUAGGGCUGUUAAUAUCAUUCUAUC